AUGGAGGAUUGCCUUCAUACCUCAUCUGAGAAUCUAUCCAAAUUGGUCAGCUGGGCCCACAGCCAUGGGACCAUUUGCAGCCUCAUUCCAAACCUGAAACAUUUGCUUUCGGAAGGUUCCCAUGGGAACCUGACAGCAAUGUGGGGCUGUAGUGCGGGCCAUGCUUAUCACUGGCCACUGACAGCUACUUGCAGAGCUGGCUCCCAAGAAAGGGUCUGUUUCCAGGAUAACAGAAGUUUUAACUCUGAUAGUCCCAGUAUAAUUGGAGUGCCCUCUGAGACACAAACUAGCCCCGUUGAAAGGUACCCUGGGAGACCAGUGAAAGCAAAGCUAGACUGUAAUCGGACCAGAGACUCUUGUGACUUCUCUUAUUGCAGUGAGCCCUCUGAACUGGAUGAAGCUGUUGAAGAGUAUGAAGAUGAAAACACUCUGUUUGACAUGGUUUGUGAGUCUUCUGUUACAGAUGAGGAUAGUGACUUUGAACCCCAAACCCAAAGGCCUCAAAGCAUUGCUCGAAAAAGGCCUGGAAUAGUCCCAUCUUCUCUUCAUUCAAGCUCCCAAGCUCAGAUGAUUGAUGAAUGCAGCAGUGAUGUGAUCAUUAAGAAAAUCAAACAGGAGAUUCCUGAAGAUUAUUAUAUUGUGGCGAAUGCAGAGCUGACCGGAGGGGUAGAUGGACCAGCCCUCUCGUUGACGCAGAUGGCAAAACCUAAGCCUCAGACUCAUGCUGGUCCCUCCUGUAUAGGGUCUGCUAAGCUGAUUCCCCAUGUAACAUCUGCCAUCAGCACAGAGCUAGACCCACAUGGUAUGUCUGCAUCCCCCUCUGUGAUAUCUAGACCAGUCGUCCAGAAGACUGGUAGGGUAUCUUUGGCUUCACCAAACAGAGGACCCACUAGUGCCCAUGGCACCAGCCAGCAGGUGGCCAUACAGAUGCCGGUGAGCACAUCCCAUCCUAACAAACAGAUCAACAUCCCUUUGUCUGCCCUGCAGCUGCCUGGUCAGGAUGAGCAAGUUGCUUCUGAAGAGUUCCUGUCCCAUCUGCCCAGCCAGGUCUCCUCCUGUGAGGUGGCCCUUUCUCCCUCAGUUAACACAGAGCCAGAAGUGAGCUCCAGUCAGCAGCAGCCCCCAGUUGCUCCGACCAUAACCACUGAGGCCACGGCACAGUGCAUACCAGACCAGGAUGAAAGAGCAGCUGAGCUCAGCAGAGAGCAGAAUGAGAAAACCAUCCGGAGCACGCAGACCGCGCUCCGCAAUUUCCCGUAUUCUACUAAGCUCAACAAAUUUCCUGUAUUUAAUAUUAAUGAUGACUUGAAUGAUCUGUGUACCAGUGCAGUAAGCCCAAAUACAACCAAAGCAACACGGUAUGCCCUGAAUGUGUGGCGAUAUUGGUGUAUGACCAAUGGGCUCAAAGAUCACACAGACAUCACCAAGAUCCCUGCAGUGAAGCUGAACGAGCUGCUCGAGAACUUUUAUGUCACCGUUAAGAAGAGCGACGGCUCAGACUUCCUGGCCACGUCGCUCCACGCCAUCCGCCGAGGCCUGGACCGCAUCCUGAAGAACGCGGGCGUGGGCUUCUCCAUCACCAGCAGCACCUUCAGCUCCUCCACCAAGAAGCUCAAGGAGAAGCUGUGGGUGCUGAGUAAGGCAGGGAUGUCAGGUGCCCGUUCUCGCAACAUCGUCUACUUCUCCCUCUCUGAUGAGGAGGAGAUGUGGCAGGCAGGGUGUCUGGGGGAUGACAGCCCCAUCACCCUUCUGUCCACCGUGGUCAAGUACAACAGCCAAUACCUGAAUAUGCGGACGCUGCAGGAGCAUGCUGAUCUGAUGUAUGGGGACAUCGAGCUGCUCAAAGACCCACAGAACCAGCCCUAUUUUGCCCGGACAGACAGCGUCAAGCGGGAGAGUCGGAGUGGUUCCACUCGAGUGUGCCACGGGAAGAUCUACCAUGAGCAUUCCCGGGGACGCAGGCAGUGCCCUUACUGCCUCCUCUACAAGUACAUGUACAUCCACCGACCACCCACCCAGAUGGAGGCCAAGUCCCCUUUCUACCUUACCGCCAGGAAGGAGGCCGCCGACGUGGGCAGCGUGUGGUACGAGGAACAGAGGAUGGGACUGAGGUCUCUUCGGGGAAUCGUCCCGAACUUAGCCAAGAAGGUCAAGCUGGAAAACUGUGAGAACUUCACCUUCGUCUCAUUUACUCAGGUCUCCAGGAGGCUUGGCUCCCACAGCUGCUGCCAGUGAGUCUCCCCUGGGUCCCGGCCACCACCCAACACACCCUGGCAGGCAGGCGCUCCCCCAGCAGCCAAGGCCAGAGCUCUGAGGUGGCAGGGAUGACCGUGACUUCAUGGUCAGGCUGGUCCCUGUCAGUGGGACUUCCUAUUUCUUUGACUUUGUUUUUUUAACUGAAAGUAGAUGAAUAUUUAGGAUGCUUUACCCAGAUGUGUGUCACCUUUGUUAAAUUAUAGAGUCUAAUGCACUGUAUAAAUUACUACAUACACAAGAGUGAGGAAGUUCAUUUUUUCUAGUGCCUUUUUAGCACAGAUUUUCUCAAAAAAAAUAAAAGGGAGGGGGGAAGAAAACUGUUUAAGUAGUCAUUAAAAAAAAAUCCCAGUAGCCUAGUAGCUUUAGAAUGUUAUAAACACUUUGUGGAUUUACACUCACAGUGAGGAACUAGGAAGGGAGAGGCAAACAUGUUCACUGUUUCCAGGAGAAACAUGGCACCUGGCACUCCUCCUUAUGUUUUGUUGUUGGAUAACUUGGUCCUGCAGAGCAAGCAGCCUUGCUUGAUGGAAGGCCAUGAAGCUACGCUCAAUCAUGCUGAUAGGAAGGUGGGGGGACUGCUCUCAACCCUGGGAGGAACUUGACCUCUGCAUCAGUGGAGACAGUUUUAUGAGAAAAGAUUAAUGCACCAAACGGUGCUUGUGAGAACAAGGUUUCCAAUGAACUAGAUGGUUUGUACCAUGAGGGAAUUUCCAGUAGUAGAGAAAGUGUCUUGGAAAAGCGGUCUGCGAUCAAAAUGUGAAAAACCUCCUGAAGCAGAAGUGCCUACGUUUUCUUUCUCAGCGUCAUGUGAAAGCUGUUUUCGUUUGAACAUUUUUUAGAGGUUUUUUUUUUCAUCUGUUCCUUGUGUCAUACGGUUUUUCUUUCAGCAUAUAGCACUGGACUGUAAAACAACUGAAAGUAAUUUUCAGGCGUAACCAGGAAAAUCCAACAUAACAAGCUGCAAAGAAAACAAAUUCCAAAAUGUGUUUAUUAAAGAGUUUUGAAAUAGCCACAAGAGAUCUCAUCAUUUUAGGUUGGCACCAAUGCCUGGGACACGAGGAUGUAGGCAACCUACCAGGUAAGCAAACCUAGCAACAAGGACAGAGUUGAAAAAUCAGACCAUGAUGAUAGGUUAUCAGUGCAGCUUGAAAUCAUUUCACUCAGGUGAGAUUAAA